AUGCCUCUAAGCCGAAGCAGAGAGGGGUGGCCAAGGCGGUGGUGCCAGAGGAGGGUCUCCUCCACUCCGACCACCUCCACCUCCGCCACCCCCGCCUCCGCCUCCAUCGCCCCCGCCUUCACCUCCACCGCCGCCACCUCCGCCACCUCUGCUACCACCACCACCGCCGCCGCCACUCCCUCCUCCACUGCUGCCACUAGCACCCCCACCCCCGCUACCACCUCCACCGCCACCCCCACUCCCUCCGCCGCCUCCACCUCCACCGCCACCGCCCCCACUGGCCCCACCCGCUCCCUUGCCCCCCUUGCCCUUGCUAGAGCGGCGUCUCCCGCUAGGGGCAGACGCCGCACCGACCGACUCAAGACCAACGAGGUCGGCCGCAGCGGCAGAGGCGACAGAGGGCAGGAGAGGGGAAGGAGAACACCCCUCAAAGAUGGAGGCGCGGGGGUCACCUCUAGAGGCUCCUACAGCGACUAUGCUCUUCUCUGCUGCAAGGAGGGCCUUCUCUAG